ACAACAGCAACUUGUGUUCUAAGGCCUCUUCCAGCUCUAACAUUCUAUGUUCCAAGGUCCCUUUUUGAUGGACUUCAUAGCUAUUACAUUUUAUGUUCUAAGUGUUUUCCCAGCACCAAUAUUCUCUUUUCUAAGGUAUCUGUCAGCUUCAAAAUUCCAUAUUCUAACAUUGUACCCCCUAAGUUUCCCCUAGCUUUAGCAUUCUUUGCUUUAAGGUUCUUCUUAGAACUGAUAUUCUAUGUUCUAAGGUUCUAGUUCUAGUAUUCUAUGUUCAAAAAAGGCUCUCAAGCUUUAACAGUCUAUAUCCUAAGAACCCUCCCAGCUCUGACAUUCUGUGUUCUAAGGCCCUCCCAGCUCUGACAUUCUAUGUCUUAAGGUCCCUUCCAACUAUAACCUGCUACCUUCUAACCUUCGAUGUACUAAGUCUCUUGGCCUUUGAGCCACGUCACCUCUACGGCCCCAGUUCUGGUAUCUUAUGUUCUAUGACUUCUUCCAUUUCUAACUCAGAAAUUCUUUGUCUUCACACAUUUAUGUGGAGUAGACAUUGACUCUGCCCCAGAGUAACCUAGCUGUAUGCAAACUUACUGUGCCACUAUGGUUUCAGGGGAGUCGCCUGUACUUUAUACCCAGUAGAUGCCAAACCAGACCUUAAUGUGGUCAUAUCUCACAUUCUCAUGGACCUGAGAACACUUUCACUUCUAGUCAGAAAUCCCCCUGAUCACACCCAAGGUCACAGUUCCUCCACCUAUAACAUUUCCUUUCUUAAAAUCUCAACAGAAGCCCCUUUUUAUAGGCAAAGACACUCAAAGGAGAUUAUAGUCCUUGAGACAUCAGUGCAAAGCCAACCGAAACAAAUGUUCUAUGGACCUGCGAAUCCUAACAUGCUUAUUGUGCAAAGCUUGGGAACUAUUCUGCUAGAAGGGAAAGAAAUUUUGCUUUCGUGAAGUAAGAACAAGCAGUCUAUUGCUUCACAUAUCCUGUGGUUAUGUGUGGUCAUGUCAACCCGAUCAUUUUUUUCUGAUUGCUCUAACUGUCCUCCACAGUAACAAUGCUGGCGUGGUCCAACCUGCCAAGCGCCCAGACUCUCUAGGGAGGGGUCUGUUGGGGCCAGUAAAGCUUGGUCCCCCGAUCCCAGAAGCCUUCCUAUCACUCGUCUUGACUCGAAAGUUCCAGUAUUGGAAAACCCCAAAUGGGACCAUGAAGAGUUGGACACAGGUGAAUAAUAAGACAGGGGAGACAAGCCUGGUGCAUCUCUUGAGCUUUGGAGUUCUGAGCUGCAGUGGUCUAUGCCAAUCAAGUGUCCACCCCAAGUUGAGCAUCAAUACGGUGAACGUCUGGUCAGUGAGCUAUGAAUGUACCCAAGGAAGGGCAAACUGAACUGGAUCUUAAAUUAGGUAGAUUAAAGCACCUGUGAUGGUUCAAGAAGUGGUUGAAGAACAUCUAGAAAGGUAAACAAUGAUGUCAAGAGGCAGUCUGGCUUCAUCAGGAACUCCUCAUGCUAGAAGACCCUCAUUCCUUUCUUUGAUCAGAUCACUAAACUGAGGUCUGAGAGACCCCGGCCCACCAUGGAUGCAUGCUGGAACUCUGCCAAUACCUCCCAAGGACACUUGGAUUCUGAAGCGUUGAGGGACUACAUGGUCCUGGAUUUUCCCCAGAAGACGGCCAUCGCCGUGAUCUGUUCCCUCUUGGGCGUCCUGUGUGUCCUGGAGAAUGCCGUCGUGCUCUUCCUGAUCCUGUCCUCCCCAAGGCUCCGCAGGAAACCCUCUUACCUGUUCAUUAGCAGCCUUGCAGGUGCUGACUUCCUGGCCAGCCUGGUUUUUGUCAUCAGCUUUGUAAAAUUCCAUGUCUUCCACCAGGAAGAAUCAAGGAGCGCCUUCCUCCUGAAGCUUGGGGGUGUCACCAUGACCUUCACGGGCUCUGUGGGCAGCCUGCUGCUGACCGCCAUCGACCGCUACCUCUGCCUGUGCCACCCUGCCAAAUACAAGGCCCUGCUCACCCGGGGAAGGGCGCUGGCCACGCUCGCAGGCAUGUGGGCCAUCUCAAUGGUGGUCUCCUACCUGCCGCUCAUGGGGUGGACCUGUUGCCCCAGACCCUGCUCCGAACUCUUUCCCCUAAUUUCCGAUGACUAUCUGCUGAGCUGGAUUGUACUCAUCAUCAUUCUGCUGGUUGCCAUCAUUUACACCUACACCUACGUCCUGUGGAAGGCCUACCGGCACACGUCAAAUUUGGUGGUGUACCAACAGAGGCGGUUAACAGGCAUGUCUCGGAUGCGGCUGGAUGUGAGGUUGGCCAAGACCCUGGGAGUGGUACUGAUGGUGCUGCUUCUCUGCUGGCUGCCUGUGCUGACCCUCAUGGUCUACAGUUUGGCUGCUUCAUUGAAUGAACACAUUAAGAAGGUCUUUGCUUUUUGUUCCAUGCUAUGCCUGAUCAAUUCCAUGGUGAACCCUAUCAUCUAUGCCCAGCGAAGUAGGGAGAUCCGUUCCUCUUCCAGAAAGUGGCUGACCCGUUGGAAAAAUAUGCUCAGAGGCACUGGAGCAGAGGGUGCAGAGGAUACUCAGAAGUCCUCAGUCACAGAGACAGAGGGGGAGACAAAAGUCACCUGAGCCCCUGAUCCUAGCCUCCUUAUUGUCUUGGUUCAUUAAUUCCUAUGUAGGUUUCUGAUAUCAAAGGUAAUAGGCAUCCCCACCUUCUCAAAAGCACCUAUUAUUAACACUAAAAAACCUUUUGUUAGUAUAAAGAUAACAGAGAGGCAAUGUGCUACAGUAGAUAUAGAGGCUUUAAGGCUGGCCUCAGAGUCAGGAAGACUUGGCUCAAAUCUGGCCUCUGACACAUACUGGCUGUGUGACCUUGGGUUAGUCACUUAACAGAGCUCUAGGCAAUUCUGUUAGGCUCUAAGUUUCAGAGAAGGGGCUGAUCUGCAUUGGUAGAGGAAGUUUCCUCUCCUGGAGUUCCAAUGAAAUCACAGAUCCAGUGACUAUACCCCUAACAGUGAAAUACAGUUAUCCUUUCCACAUCACAGGGUUGGGGGCAUGGCGCCCUCAUGAUCUGGAAAAUCCACAUAAAAUCUUUUGGCCCUCCCUUUGUACCAAAGAAGAAGUUUGAAAUAUUGUGGUA